AGCGUAGCAGCUGUGUGAGCUGUGUGUGUGAGAGUGUGUGUGUGAGUGUGUGUCGGACUCAGUAGAAGAAGACCGUUUGAGCCAAGCUGGGCGGCGACGUGACGGCAUCGUGAUGAAGAUGAGGAUGAUGAUCACGUGAAGUCACGCUGUCACAAAGAGUUCUACAGUGUUCUGCUUCUACUCGGGAACCACAAACAUCCAAUCAUCACUUUUACCAGGAUGCUGCUUCCGCACCGACGCUUCUAGACGGGCCAACAUGUUCAGACGCGGUUCUGCAGGGCUGGAGCUUCUGCUGGUGCUGUGCGGUCUGGACGUGUCACUGCCGUGCCCCCGCCACUGCAUUUGCUACACGUCGCCCACCACCGUGUCCUGCCAGGCACACAACUUCCACGCCGUGCCCGAGGGCAUCCCAGCCCAGAGCGAACGCGUCUUCCUGCAGAACAACAAGAUCCAGCGGCUGCUCCGCGGACACUUCUCGCCCAGCACGGCCAUGCUGUGGCUCUACUCCAACAACAUCUCCUACAUUCAGCCGUCCACCUUCCACGGAUUCCGCCGUCUGGAGGAGCUGGACCUCGGAGACAACCGCCACCUGAGGGCCAUCGCGGCCGACACCUUCCAGGGCCUGGGCCGCCUCCAAGCCCUGCACCUGUACCACUGCGGCCUGCUCAGCCUGCCCCCCGCCAUCUUUGCAGGCCUCCACAACCUGCAGUAUCUCUACCUGCAGGACAACCAGUUGGAGUUCCUGGAGGACGACCUGUUCAUCGACCUCCUGAACCUCAGCCAUCUCUUCCUACACGGUAACAAACUGUGGAGCCUCCACCAGAACACCUUCCGGGGUCUGGGUGCUUUGGACCGCCUGCUCCUGCACCAAAACCGCAUCCAGUGGGUCGACCAGCAGGCCUUCCAUGACCUACGGCGCCUCACCACCUUGUACCUGUUCAACAACUCACUGACGGAGCUACCUGGGGCAAGCCUGGCUCUUCUGCCGGCCCUGGAGUACCUUCGCCUUAACGACAACCCGUGGCAAUGCGACUGCCGGGCCUUGUCACUUUUGGACUGGCUGCGGAGCUUCCGAGGCUCCACCUCCUCAGUGGCGUGCGUGUCACCUCCAGAAAUGGUGGGGAAAGACCUGAAGUUGCUGAGGAAAGAGGAGCUUCCCACGUGCUCGCUGGGGGAGGGUGACGCCCCUGCUGGGGAGAUGGAGCACGGCGAGUCAUUGAACCAUCUCAAUCGUCAGCGGAGUCGCCACAACCACCACCAACAACCUUACCUGCUUCACGGUGACCAACACCACCUGCCCUCGCCCUCCCCCCUGCCGCGACCACCCAAGGGUGGACGCAGGAACUGCACCCGACGGGGGCGCAAGGCCAAAGGGGGGCAGAAUGAGGUGCAGGUACUUCGCGAGGGGAAGGACAAAGACUCUCUGGGGGGGAAACAUGACGUGUCUACGGCCACCAGGAGGAAGAACAAGUGCAUGCCAAGGACUUCAGUGGGGCCGCCCAGUGGGGUCCAGAGAGCCACUAAUACUGCCGUGACUCAUACUUCAUGGACUCUUUUAUGUAUAGCAUUAGCAUCACUGCUAACGCUGCACUGACAUAGGGCAUGGGACACUUGGACUCCAAGGUGACUGUUUGGACCUUUUAUGGAGCCAAAAGGUACUGAAGUGUCAGGAGUACCAUAAAAAACCUUUGAGGGACCACCCCAGCGACAAGACCUGGAAAUCUAAAUAAGCUGUAUGACGAAUAUUCACGAGUACAGCUGCAAUAUUCCAGUCAUGGUCCAAAUGUCUCAGUCUAUCUUGAUGAUGUCCAAACCCUACAUCACAGUUGAGAGCCAAUGAGAAACCACUAAAGCCAUGUGACCAGAAAGAUGCAACACAGCAAGAGUGCCUAACUCUUUAUGAGUCUUUGGAGGGGAUCUUCAUCCUGUCUCCAUUAUCAGCAUAAGAAGCUCCAAGGAGAACCUGAAGCCUGAGGACACCGGGCUCCAAACUUGAAGCAAUGAAGAUUUGCCAAAAGCCCAAUCAAAGCACCGCUUGGUCCAUAGGUCCAGGUCUACGGUCUCGGUUGUGGGCAAUCGGCUGUCCACCAAAGAAGGACCUGAUGAUGCAUCAGCACCAACAAUAAUGAAGAACCUGGAUCCUGACGAGGCUGUAUUAGAAGAAAGCACAUCAUGCAGUCUUUGUGACUCUUAUCAACACAACAACAACAAACCCAACCAAGCUGCUUCACAGCCUUCCUGAACCCCCCCUUCCCCCCCGAUCCUCCUAAAAAGAGUCCAGUCUAAUCCAACAUGGGCCAUGCAGGGCUUUGACAUUCCUCCACUGGGGGGCAGCAGAGCAGGCUAGCUUAACAAGCCAAAUGCUAAGAGACGCCGCCAAAGCUAGCCUCAGCUACAAUCAUGCCAACGAAAGCACAACAGACGACUUUGACAUUUUUGUGUCCAUCUUAAUAAAUAUUGGCGUCAAGGUCACUCUGACCUCUAGUGGUGACCUCUGAAGUGUCUAACCCGAACCCUGUCAGGAGCAAAAAAAACUAAAUAGUGACUUUUGUUGUUUGCCCCGUGUUUUAUGAAAUGUUUAUUUUCCAACAAUUCUUUGGAUGAUUUAUUACACCGGUCACAUCCUUCUAUCCUAGGGGUGAGCAAACUGUGGCCCGCGGGUCACAUCAGGUCUACUGCAGGUACUUACUGCACCAUGUGGGAAUAUGAAUAAAAUGUCAAAGCACAACCACCAUGCCAAAACUCCACCCAUAUUUUCCCUCCGCAAGGCAUGCUGGGUAACUUGUGCAAUUGAAUAUAUGUUGAGCAGGUGGUCAGGUAAGCCAACAAUCUUCAUAUUGAUGUUGCUGCUUGGCUACCCAGCAUGCCCUGUGGGCACUUGUAAACAUUUUAAGUUACGUGUAAUGUUUAGCCCCCACAUAGUAGUAGUACUUGAUUUACUGUGGAUGAGUUGUUUUGUUGCACCGUGAGAAAGUAUGGUGUUUCUAUACCACCUAUAUAUAUAGACGCUCCUGAGGCAAACGUGGCCCGCCAGUCAAAAAGUUUGCCCACCCCUGUUCUAUACUUUCCUUUUUUACUGUCUGCCUCCUUGUUACCUUUCUCCUCCUGCCUCAUCUCCUCUGGUGGUGUGUGUCUGCAGAACAACACACGGGUUGUUUAUAAAGAACAUUAAAGUGUCCUCAAAUGGCUCAUUGUGUCCUGCUGUGUGUGUGUGUGUGUGUGUGUACCAAAUGAGACCUGAGGCGGGAUGAUAAGCCAAAGAGAGAAAAUAACAAAUAAAAAAAAGAAAAAAAAAAAAAGAAAGGAGGUACACAGGAGAAAAACACGGCCAUGUUCUACCAGGAAGUAUUUUGGCCUCUUUGGUGUCCUACUUUCACUUUCACAUGAAAUAUGCAGCACAGACAUAGACGUGUCACGGCGUGUUAGCGGUGAGGGAGGUGUCAGGUCAAAGAGGUAGACUGAAUGUUAGCAUCCUGCGUACAGUGUGUGUGUGCAUGGGAGUGUGUGUUGAUACUUGGUGACAGGGAAGUGAAGCAGAGCCAACUAGCAAACGGAGGGCAUCCAUGUUGGAAUUAGAGCUUCAUCUUCAUUCAUUAGGAGUUUCUUUUGGUGGAACAAAAACACCCCUAAAAAAACUUAACUGAGUUGACGUUUUCCCCUCCCUCCCUCCAUCCCUCCCUCCAAGGGGAAAAAUAAAGAACGCGUAGCAUCUCUCCACUAAUGGAGUCCAAUGUAUUAUUUGUAAGCGCAGCGCUGCUCUGAGUGCAUUAAAAGUCUCUUGCAGCUGUCAUCCUUUUCGAUUAUUUAGUAGCUGACGCUUUGUGACCUGGCUCACCUCAUCGGGACGCCAUCUUGGAUCCAAAGAACAUCACAUCCAAAACACCUGAUACUUAAAUGCUUAACAUGUUAUGCUUUAAAUGUGUGUGAGGCAUAUUUAGGCAAGGCAUUUAUCCUUUAGCUUGUUAGAUUCCAUCGCCAAUUAAAGAGAGAAGGUUCUGGAGCGAGGGUGGACGCGCCUCGUGCCUGAAGACAGCUGGGAUAGGCUCCAGCAUAACUGUAAUGCUAGUGAGGCCAAGCUGUAUUAGAAACUGGAUAGCUGAAUUGAAUCGAAUAACUUCCAUAAUAAGGGAUCUUUAUUGCAAAUGUUUAUGUGAAAAUCGUAGGAAAACGUCAACGUCAUGCAAGCAGGAGGAGUUGGAGGAGGAAACAGAGAAUUUUAUGGGUGUAUCAAUUACUCGCAGUUGGUCUUAAAUGUAUCCCUGCAAAACGCCGUCUGUACUGUAUAGAGGAUCUUUGACUAGUGCUUCUGGAGUAUGCUCUUGUCAUAUUGAAGAUCAGUGACUAGCAUUUUUGUAGCAGAUUCCUAAAAACUGCAGAGUGCUCUAGAACAGCAGGGGUUUCGGGCCACAUACUCCGCUUGGCUAUCUCUGUGUGGAGUUUGCAUGUUCUCCCCGUGCAUGCGUGGGUUUUCUCCUCCACAUUCCAAAAACAUGCUAGGUUAAUUGGCGACUCCAAAUUGUCCAUAGGUAUGAAUGUGAGUGUGAAUGGUUGUUUGUCUAUAUGUGCCCUGUGAUUGGCUGGCGAACAGUCCGGGGUCACCAGUCCAGGGUGGGAUAGGCUCCAGCAUAGCCAUAACCCUCGUGAGGAUAAGCGGCAUAUAAAAUGGAUGAAUGAAUGUAAAAAUUAUGUUUUUUUCUGGUUUGAAUAAGACACUUGGAUACGCCUGGCCUAUAGUCUCUGUAUGGCCUGAAAAACAAAUACUGCAAAUGUUGAUCCAAAAACAUGUCAAUGUCAAGCUAGCAGGUUUAGAAGAGUGAGGAGUGAGCCAUUUGUCAAAAAUAGACAUUUUAAUGGGUGUGUCAAUUAUCCAGAGAUUUUUUUCCAUUUUAGCAAAAAGCAGGGAUUUAGUCGUAGUGGUAUCCUAUAGAGGAAAUACUGCGAAAGACAAAUUAAUGCAAAUCUGCAUCAGCAUCUCCAGGAUGGUUUAGUAGUAGGGGUUAAGCAUUUCCACUGCAUGUAUGUGGUCGGUAUUGGUAUCGGUAUUAGACAUGUGAGCCACUAUAGCGGGGCUGUUAAAUGAUGUAGCGUAAAUCAAAGGGCUAUUAAAAGUGUUGACCACAAGGGGUUGGGGUGAAAUUGUUAGUCUUGCAGCUUUAGACAAGCUCAUUCCACACAAGCAGAUUCAGGACCUCAUUAAAGAAACACUUUAAGAGCCAACAAGGACAGCAUUCCUAAUAAUCACCAUCUCAUUUAACAGAUUUGAUCAGACACUCGCUGUACUUGUGUGUGUAUGUGAAGGAGAAAAUGGAGCAGUCCUCAGGAGGGGUGUGGAAUAUUUCGGUUAAUGCUUUCAAUUAAAGUCGUCUUGUUAAUGAAAGUGAUGCCGCGUGAGGCGGGAAAGCGGGCCGGAGCAAGAACAACGACUUGAGUGUGGGCGUCGUGGAUGACGACGCCAAGAGACGACAAAGCGCCUUUUGAAAAGCUCCUCUCAUCUUUCCUGUCUGAGGGAACAUGCUGGAUCCACCAGCACAUCCCGUAGCAUCCUUGCUUGACUCCAUGAGGUUGAUGCUGUGGUACUCAAGGACCAAGCAUGGAUGCGUCACAGCUCCUCGCUUGGGUUCUAUCGCCAUACUGACCUCAUUUGUGUCCUAACAUCACUGUGUGACGAAAUACAAGAUGGAACUUUCCCCAAAGACAAGUGUUUCAAGAUGGCGUCCCCUCACGAAGGAUGAAAAAGUCAGGAAUGAUGUGCGAAGACGGCGCCUUGACAGGAUGUUCAUUUUUGGCCCGCCUUCUUGUCCCUCUCCAUCCUUGUGUCUUACUUUAGUCUCCUUAGCAACUGUCUCCACAUGUCAGCCCCUCCCUCCCUGGCUGCCACAAGCUCAUCAUUCACAUUCUCCUCCUCAUCCACAUACCUCCUCCCUCGCUAAGCAUCCUUGCCACCUGCCAAUCAAACUCCAGCGAGCCGCUUCCUAAUGUUCCCUACACUUUCUAGUUGUGUACUCCAGUGCCGUGUCUCAGCUGGUGCACUUGCAUACUUACACCUACAUAAGAGCUUUCAUCAAAAUGAGGUGCACUGGCAGGGUCCAGACCUUGCACUCAAAAAACACCUUCCAAUGGUGAGUGAUGGACACUUAGCACGCUCGAUAGUCGCCAUC